AUGAAUAAUGCAGACGAUCUAGUGGCGAGAGGUGCCAUGGGGGAUGGUGUUGAGGCAAAGCCCAUUGCCUGGAGCAUCACAUCAGAGGGCAAGAGCUCCCAAGGCACCAGCUGCACCCCCAUUGGCUUUGGAGUGGCAGGGCAGAGGUCAUGUGUGAACAACCAGAACUGCUGCUUCCCCUGUGAUGGACCACGGGGAAAUCAGCAGCCCCUGUCCAGACGUGGGUGGAGGACAUUUGUCAGUGACGCAGGGGAAUGGUGGACAGAUGUAGUAGCCGCUCUGCUCCCUCCAGGGCUGAUGCAGAGCAGUGAGGCGGCGGAGGAAUGGGCUUUGUGUCUGUGUGCGUUGCAAGUGUGGCGAAAAGGGAUCUGA